UUCUCCUCGUCAACGCAGACAAAUUAAAGAAGGCGGUGGACUGCAAUAAUUAGGAGGUACCUUCUCCUCACCACAUUGAAUUGAAAAGCAAGAAGGGUUGAGGGUUGAAGGAGCACUAGACUCCAGAGUGCAAGUAAAAAUAUCAGCAAAAUCAGAACUUUCAAGUUCUUAGUUUAUCAUGUAUCAAACAACAAACCAGCAAAAAUCAACCGAUGAAAAAACACCCCUGGAGGUUGACCAUGAAGAACAGCAGGAUAAAGUACAAGAAACUACGUGUCAGCACGCAUUUUUGAGGCUCCCUCCUGGAAGACGUUCUAUAUUGUUUCGGAGAAAUCCCAGUGGAACAACACAUCAGGUUCCUAACCCUGAAGAUGGAUCAGCUCCAAGAGUUUUGCCGGCGAAUAAUACAUCUUCCACUGCUGAAACCAGAAUUUCGGCCGUGCUCAACAGUGAAGGUGGAUCUCGAAGUGUUCUGGCCCCAAAUAGGUGUACUUCUUCUACCACCUCCACGCAGAGCCGGUUGAAAAUUCAAACUAACAUUGUGGCUAUGCCCGUCGACGACACUUUACCUCCUAUAGCCGUCGGGGUGCAGACCCCGCAUGCUGCAGUUGCGGCUUUAGUAAUGGACUUGUUAUUCUGGAGAAGCAUGUAUCUAAGCAUCCUUGUUCUUUUGGUGGCCACGGCAACUUGGGUAACACUCCAACUCUAUCACUAUUACAUGGUAGAUGUUGUCUCGCGGAUGGCCAUGCUCCUUGUUACACUUAUCUUUGUUUGGGGCAAUAUUCAUAGACUCCUCAAAAAUGAGGCUCCGGACUUUUCAGGGAUGGAGAUAAGCGAGGCGCGGGCUGAAGGAAUGGCGCGUGGGAUUCAGGAAUGUAUUGACGAAGGCAUUCGAUGGCUGUUUCGGGUGGGUGUGGAAAGGGAAUGGUCUGUGUUUGGGGCAACUGUAUUUGCUCUGGGGUUACUUUCGUGGAUCGCUACCCAUUUCGAUUUGCUUACUAUUGUUUACAUGGGGGUUGUGUUGGGUAUGACUGUACCAGCAAUUUACGUUAAGCAUGAGGAGAAGAUCAUAGAGUUAUGGAAGGCAAUUUACCUGCAGGGGUUGUCAGCCUGCCCUUGUAUUUGAGUCUCAAAAGCAUUAAGACUUGAGUAAAGACAAGCUGGGGAGGAUAAGAAACAAAGUGGCUGCAGGAAAGAAACUAUUUCUUUGGUUGUUCCGUCAAUUUGCUGUGUGGGACUCCUGUCCCAAUUCUCAACAACCUUCUUGUUAGUUUCAAUUGGCAUUUGGUACCAGAUCCAUUGCUCAACAGAUUGAGAUUGAAUCAUGUAGGAUUAUUAAACCAAGUCUGUCUAGGAUUUAGUUUAUUGUUUAGUUGUGAUUUUCUAUUCUUAGUAUGAUUUGGUAAUUUAAAUCUCAAUUGGAUUUUGGUAUUUGGUAGUUUAUAUAAAGACCAUAGGUUUUGGUCCAUCAGUGUAAGAAAGAAAGAAAAGAUUCAAGCUUCGGGAUUUAUUUUGUCUUCUUGUGGUUUCAUUCAA